CCAUAAACGCCAGGAUGCUCUUCAUUUGAUGGACACAUAAGCUGCUAAUUCGACAAAGCAGCCUCAUCCAAUGACUAAUUCUCGUCUGUGUCUGUAACUGGUCGAAAUUAUGUUCACAGAUAUAUUCAUUUUGUGUGUGAUAUUAUUCAGCACCAUGCACAUCGCACCAUGUUUGGAGCUGCAAGUUGGCAUGCCUAAUGUUUGUGCUGACCAGGAGAUGUCCAUGUUGGGGGCCCGUCAGCCUUGUGUUCAAGCUGUUUCCCGCAUGGUUAAGGUGUGGAAACAGGGCUGCACCAGCAACAGAUGGUGUAUGGGCUAUGAGAGGAGGACAAUGUACUACACAGCGUACAGGCAGGUGUACAGCAUGGAUCUAUACACAGUGUACAAGUGCUGCCCAGGCUGGACCCAGAAGGGUGAAGAGACGGGCUGUUUACAAAGGGUGUGUGGUGCUAAUACAUGUUUCAAUGGAGGCCGAUGUGCAGAGACUGGAGACCAGAUAUGUCAGUGUCCACUGGGCUUCAAAGGGACACAGUGCCAGUAUGAUGUUAAUGAAUGUGAAGUGGAUGAAGGUGGCUGUGAAGGUUACUGUUGCAACACCAUUGGCAGCUACUACUGCAAGUGUCCCGAAGGCAGGAGACUGGGACCAGAUGGCAAGGCAUGUCAUGACAUAAAUGAGUGUGAGGAGCUCAAUGGAGGAUGCCAGCAAACAUGUGUCAACACACCAAGCUCUUAUUACUGUGAGUGCAGUGAAGGCUUCCGCAUGCACGCUGAUGGUCGGACCUGCAUUUCUCUAAAUUCAUGCUCGGUGUUGAACGGUGGCUGUGAGCACAAGUGUGUGGACAUGGGGAACGAUCACUACAAAUGUGAGUGUCGGAAGAACUACCAGCUAAAAAGAGAUGGGAGACACUGUCAGUUGAGGGACCCCUGUGAGGAGAGGAAUGGAGGCUGCGCCCAGCUGUGUCUUUCAGAAGACAGCCGGGUUCACUGCAGCUGCCGACCUGGUUAUACACUGGCUGGAGAUGCCAAGAACUGUGAAGAUAUUGAUGAGUGCAGUUCAGGCCAUGCCAAGUGUUCCCAUGGAUGUGUCAACAUGUUGGGCUCCUUCAGCUGUGUGUGUCACCCAGGCUUUGAACUUGGCGCGGAUGGCAAACGGUGCUAUCGCAUUGAGAUGGAGAUUGUGAACAGUUGUGAGAAGAACAACGGAGGCUGCUCUCAUCGCUGUGAGCACACCACCAGUGGCGCCCUCUGCUCCUGCAGCCAUGGCUACCAGCUUGACCAAGACAGGAGGACCUGCGUAGACAGUGAUGAGUGCAGCGAUGAGGAGUCCUGCUGCAGUCACUUCUGUAGAAACAACCCGGGUGGCUAUGAGUGCAGUUGCAGACCCGGCUACAGACUAAACCCAGACGGCUGUGGCUGUGAUGACAUCGAUGAGUGCCUGGCAGAGACUUCAGGCUGUGAACAUUACUGUGUCAAUGCCCUGGGAACGUACGAGUGCUUUUCUCUGUAUGGCAGAGAAAUGGAUGAAGAAGAGGAGGAGGAGGAAGAAGAGGAAGAGCAGCUGGUGGUGCACAAAUUACCAGACCUGCUGUUCCGCAAGGCUCCUCAGCUGCUGCAGUACACAGCAGCCUUGCAGUCGCGUUAUGACAGCAGUGAUGAUGAUGAUGAUGAUGAUGAUGAUGAUGAUGGUAGUGACAGUGAAAAAGAACUGGAGAUCCAGAGAGAGCGUCGGGGAGAGCUCAGACUGGGCAGCCACACAGUGUGUCUAGAUGACUCUUUUGGGGAAGACUGCACUGUGAGCUGCGAAGACUGUGUGAAUGGAGUGUGUAGUGAAAACAGAGACCGAUGUGAAUGUUUACCUGGUUGGACUGGGGUUAUCUGCAAUGAGACUUGUCCACAGGGGACCUAUGGUCACACCUGUAACAGUCUGUGCCGCUGUCAGAAUGAAGGCUUGUGUGACCCUGUGACCGGGAAGUGUUUGUGCCCCCCAGGGGUACAGGGCCUGCUCUGCAAAGAUGGUUGCCCAAGGGGUUAUUUUGGGAGGCACUGUAGAAGGAAGUGCAACUGUCCCAACAAUGGACGCUGCCAUCGUCUGUAUGGAGGCUGCCUGUGCUCACCUGGGUUGUAUGGCCGCUUCUGCCACCUGUCUUGUCCCAGGUGGACGCACGGUGCGAGCUGUUCCAAGGAAUGUGACUGUGUUCAAGAACAUUCCACUGGCUGUGAUCCCAAAACAGGGAGCUGUUUCUGUAAAGCCGCACACCACGGCUUACGGUGCGAGAAAGAAUGUGAACUUGGCCUCUUCGGCGCAGGCUGUGAGCAGCAAUGCGACUGUCCAGGUGGAAGACCAUGUGACCCCAGCACUGGAGAGUGCAGCCAGCGGUGUCCUGCGGGCCUUCAUGGGGAUAAAUGUCAGCAGGCCUGCCAAGCUGGGAGCUAUGGAGAAAACUGUCAGCUGACCUGUGACUGUGGAGAAGCUCCUUGUGAUCCUGUAACAGGACAGUGUGUCUGUCCCGCUGGGAAGACAGGACACUCCUGUCAAGAAGACUGUCCUCAUGGAUUCUGGGGGUUGAAGUGCCAGUCAUUUUGCCCUAACUGUGAGAACAGAGGCUCCUGCAAUAAGCAGACUGGAGGCUGUGACUGCAAGCCAGGCUUCACUGGAAGCCUCUGCCAACAUGGUCUUGACUGUGGCCAGAUGUGCAAGUGCGGGAACGGUGCCCACUACCACCACAUCACAAGAGCCUGUCUAUGCACCGCUGGCUGGGCAGGACCACACUGCACUCUGGGUAAUGGAAGCCACAUCAUUAAAACAGGGUGUGAGGGUGGCCCUCACUUUUGCGCGGGCAGAAUGCCCAGAGGGUCAUUUCGGAGAGCACUGCAAUCAGACCGAUCAAUAAUAUUGACUACAUUCACUGUCAAUUCUCUACUCAUAAUGAUGCCUUCAUUAUUUGCUCAUUCAUAUAAUUUAACUGCCUGUAUUGUCUUAUAUAUCUGUGUGAGUAUAGCCUGUCCUGUAGGACAAUAUGGGGAACACUGCUCUGGCCAGUGCCCGUGUCAAAACGGAGGCUCCUGUGACAACGUGAGUGGCCAGUGCUCAUGCCCACCUGGCUGGACUGGAGCCACCUGUGAGUUAGAGUGUGAGGAAGAACGUUAUGGAGAAAACUGUACCCAGACCUGCAGAUGUACAAAUGGAGGGAGAUGUGACCAAGUGACCGGACGAUGUGUCUGUCAACCUGGUUGGAUAGGAGAACUUUGUCAGUCAGCCUGCUCUAAGGGAUUCUUUGGAGAAGGCUGUGUGCAGAGAUGUGACUGUGUCCAUAGUUCCAGUUGCCACCAUGAGACAGGCUACUGUGUGUGUGAGCCAGGCUGGAGAGGAGCCAGCUGUGACAAACCCUGUCCUGUUGGCACUUUUGGACAAAACUGCACUCAGCUGUGCCAGUGUUCAGGAGACCGAGAGCAAUGCCAUCCUGUGACGGGGAAAUGCAGCUGCUUACCUGGUUACUACGGGAUACGCUGUGAACUACGAUGUCGAGCGGGGACAUUUGGGACAAACUGUAAGUCCAGGUGCAGCUGCGUCAAUGGUGGUCGCUGUGACUUCAGGACUGGGGCUUGCUACUGUCCUCCUGGCUUCAUUGGUGCUGAUUGCAGCUCAAGGUGUCUGAGUGGGUACUAUGGGAAGGACUGUGCUAAGCUGUGCUCCUGUGGGGAUGGAGGGCAGUGCCACUCAGUAACUGGCAUGUGCAUCUGUGGCCCUGGUAGAAUGGGACAGUCAUGCCAACAAGUAUGUCCUAGGGGGCAUUACGGCCUGCAGUGCAGAAAUACAUGCAACUGUCAGAAUGGGGGUCUAUGUGACCCUAUUGAUGGAUCCUGCAAAUGUGGGCUGGGCUGGACUGGACCUCACUGUGACACAGUCUGUUCACAGGGAAAAUAUGGGCUUGACUGUACACAAGACUGUCCAUGCCACAACAAUGGGACCUGUGAUCGCUUUGUUGGCAGCUGCAGCUGUAGCGCUGGUUACUACGGCCACUACUGUCAACACAGAUGCCCUUCUGGGUUUUUUGGUGUGAACUGUGCCCAUACCUGUGACUGUAAGGUGAGACAGACAUGUGACCAUGUGACAGGGCAAUGUGUGUGUCCACCGGGCUACUACGGGCCACAGUGCCAGAGACGGUGUGAAGCUGGCAGCUUUGGACUGAAUUGUGAACAGUCAUGUGACUGUGCUGGUGAGGUGUCAUGCAGCCCGUCAACCGGACGCUGCCUCUGUCCCCCAGGGAGGACAGGACAGCGAUGUGAAAAGGACUGCGGUGGAGACAGUUUUGGGCCGGACUGCUCCCUGUCAUGCCAGUGUUCCCACAGGGCCCGCUGUGAUGGGCUGACUGGGCGAUGUUUGUGCCCACUCACCUGGAUGGGCCCCACCUGUAGUGAAGCACUGCUACACCGAACUCCAGGAUUACUGAACUUCUCUGUGUCCCAAAGAAAGAGAAGAGCAGGCAGCAAAACCACAUAACCCAAGCAGAGGUGCACACUCCUGAUUGGGCGUUCAA